AGUGCGCCAGCCAACAGCAGUCUGAGCUAGUCUUGUCCCGUGCGUGUGUGUCAAAUUUCCCCCUCCUGAUUUGAAAAGUGAUCGUUAGUUUGAGUUUGUUUGUUUAUUUGUUGCUGUUUUUUUUCUAAUUUUGGUGAAUUGAUUUGCAUUCACCAAGAUGAAAGUGUUUGCAGGAUAUUUUGUUUUUUCGGUAGUUUUACUGUGCAAGCUUGCAAAGGCCGAUAUGUUCGCUUACGACGAGCAGUACAGCAUGUACGAUCCAGUACUGGGCGAUCUCAGCAAGUACAACUACGACAGCUCAUUGGAAAACUCCGUCACGGACAACGACGCGUCCGCGGAAGAGCAAUUUCCUGCCUCCGAAGCCGAGUCCGAGUCGAGAGACGAGCAUCGCGCCAAGGAGCCGAUAUACAUCAACGUUCUGGCGAGAGGCGCUCGGUGCGACGCGCAAAUCGUGAAUUCCGAUCGAGUUUACGCGCUCGAUAAGCAGCAGCGAAGCAAUUUGCCGAAAUUGGUCAGCUUCAAGAGUCGUCACUGCAACGCCGGACGAUACUGCAGGGACACUUUGACGCCCGAGGGUAGAGUUUACGCGUGCAAGGACCAGAUAAUGAAGAGACCAGUAGAAGUUUACGUGCGAGACGAGGAAAACAAUUUGAGAGUAACAAAGAAGAGAGUAUACCUGUCCACUGGAUGCAAAUGCAAACUCAAAGAUAUGAGGACUUUGGAUGGUUUUAGUCCAUACAUAACUCAUCAGGUCAAAAGAAACGCCAACGAAUAGCUUUAAGUAUAACUAGCUUAGUCAAUAUUGGCAUUGUA